AUGGAUGAGAAGCCUUCCACCAGGAAAGUUCCUGAAUUCUGUUCAUUACGCUAUGGACUGGCUCUCAUCAUGCACUUCUCAAACUUUACUGUGAUAACCCAGCGUGUGAGUCUGAGCAUUGCAAUCAUUGCCAUGGUGAAUAGCACUCAGCAGCCUGCUUUAUUCAAUGCCUCCACAGAAAGAUCUCUUGCAUUCACCCUCAAUCACCCCAACAGAUCCACCAAGGAAUUUAAUUCGGGAGCCUCUGUAUAUGAAUGGAGCCCAGAGACUCAGGGUAUCAUCUUUAGCUCCAUCAACUAUGGGAUAAUACUGACUCUGAUCCCAAGUGGCUAUUUAGCAGGGAUAUUUGGAGCAAAGCAGAUGCUUGGUGCUGGUUUGCUGAUCUCCUCCCUUCUCACCCUCUUUACACCACUGGCUGCUGACUUUGGAGUGAUUCUGGUUAUUGUGAUUCGGACAGUCCAGGGCAUGGCCCAGGGAAUGGCAUGGACAGGUCAGUUUACAAUUUGGGCAAAAUGGGCUCCCCCACUUGAACGAAGCAAGCUCACCAGCAUUGCGGGAUCAGGGGCAGCAUUUGGGUCCUUCAUCAUCCUCUGUGUGGGGGGACUAAUCUCACAGGUGUUGGGCUGGCCUUUUAUCUUCUACAUCUUUGGUAGCAUUGGCUGUGUCUGCUGUCUCCUGUGGUUCAUGGUGAUUUAUGAUGACCCCAUGCAUCACCCAUGCAUAAGCAUCAGGGAAAAGGACCACAUCGUGUCUUCACUGGCUCAACAGUCCAGUUCUCCUAGACGAUCCAUCCCCAUAAAGGCUAUGGUCAGAUGCCUACCACUUUGGGCCAUUUUCACGGGUUUUUUCAGCCAUUUCUGGUUAUGCACCAUAAUCAUAACUUACCUACCAACGUACAUCAGUUCUGUGCUCCAUGUCAACAUCAGAGAUAGUGGGGUUCUGUCCUCCCUGCCUUUUAUUGCUGCCUCAAGUUGUACGAUUCUAGGAGGUCAGUUGGCAGAUUUCCUUCUGUCCAGGAAUCUUCUCAGAUUAAUCACUGUCCGAAAACUCUUUUCAUCCCUAGGGCUCCUCCUUCCAUCGCUGUGUGCUGUCGCCCUGCCUUUUGUGGCUUCCAGUUACACAACAACUAUUAUUUUGCUGAUACUUAUUCCUGGGACCAGCAACCUGUGUGAUUCAGGAUUCAUCAUCAACACCUUAGAUGUCGCUCCCAGGUAUGCAAGUUUCCUCAUGGGAAUCUCAAGGGGAUUUGGGCUCAUCGCAGGAAUCAUCUCUUCUACUGCCACCGGAUUCCUUAUCAGUCAGGAUUCUGUGUCUGGCUGGAGGAAUGUCUUUUUCCUUGCUGCUGCUGUCAACAUGUUUGGCCUGGUUUUUUACCUCGCAUUUGGACAAGCAGAAAUCCAGCACUGGGCCAAAGAGAGGACUCUUACCCGUCUCUGA